UUUCAGCGAAAUAAGAUUAUGGCUGAUUCGAAUGACACUCAUGCUCCACCAGAGCCGGUGCUAGAAGUACCGCCACCACAGGAGAUUCGUAUUCUGGAGACUGCUGAUGACAUUCACCAACGUCGUCAGGAAGUAUUAGGUCACUAUUCAAUUUUCAAGGAUCACUCGCAGACAAAACGAGAUCGUCUCGAGGAAGCUCGUCAGUUUCAAUAUUUCAAACGAGAUGCUGAUGAGUUGAACGUUUGGAUUCUUGAAAAGCUCCAGACAGCUCAGGAAGAAAACUUCAGAGAUCCGAGCAAUCUCCAGGCCAAGAUCCAGAAGCAUGAAGCGUUCGAAGCUGAGGUUCAAGCUCACGCUAAGACCAUCGCCAACCUCGACAAGACCGGAAACGCUAUGAUCCAACACAAUCAUUUCGCUAGCGAACACAUCAAGAAACGCUUGGAAGAGUUGCACGCCCUCUGGGAUAAGCUCUUCUUCAAACUGAAGGAUAAGGGAAUUAAGCUACAACAAGCACUUAAACUUUUGCAUUUUAUUCGUCAAUGCGAUGAAAUUCUCUACUGGAUUCGAGAGAAGGAAACCUAUGUCACCGCAGAAGACAUGGGAAUGGAUCUCGAACACGUUGAGAUACUUCAGCGUAAAUUUGACGACUUUUUGAAAGAACUCGGUAACCAUCAGUACCGAAUCAAUGAGAUCAAUCAAGCUGCUGACAAACUUGUCGAGGAGGGACACUCUGAGCACGAUCAGAUCUACAAGAAGCGCGAUGACGUUAAUGAUGCUUGGCAUCGUUUGAACACUUUGGCGGCCACUCGUAAGGAAGGGCUCUUUGGAGCUCAUCAAGUUCAACGCUUCAAUCGCGAUGCAGACGAGACCCUUGCAUGGAUUGGAGAGAAGGAUCUUGCUUUGUCAAGCGAUGAUUACGGAAGAGACCUCAAUAAUGUUCAAGCUCUUCAACGCAAGCAUGAAGGAACUGAACGUGAUCUUGCUGCUCUUGAAGGAAAGAUGCUCCAAUUGGAGAAAGAAGCUCAUAAGUUGGCAGAAACUCAUCCAGAUCGUGCUGAAGCGAUUCAUCAAAAGAACGAUGACACCAAAGCCGCCUGGAAUGCACUCAAGGAGAAGGCUCAACACCGCAAAGAUGGACUUGAGAGAAGCUUCCAGCUUCAUCGUUUCUUGGCCGACUACCGUGACUUGAUUAGCUGGAUUGGAGACAUGAAAGCUGUCAUCGGAGCUGAUGAGCUUGCAAAAGACGUGGCUGGCGCUGAAGCUCUUCUUGAAAGUCAUCAAGAACACAAGGGAGAAAUUGAUGCUCGUGCUGACUCGUUCAACCAAACUGCAUCCGCUGGACAAAAGCUCGUUGAGAUGGGAAUUCCAGAGAGUCCAGAAGUUCAGGAGAAGCUCGAGAAACUUGACCACGAGAAGUCUUCUCUUCUUGGAUUGUGGGAGGAACGUCGUAUUCUCUACGAGCAAUGUAUGGAUCUCCAACUCUUCUAUCGUGACACUGAACAAGCCGAAACCUGGAUGAACAAGCAGGAAGCGUUCCUUGCCAACACUGAUUUGGGAGAUUCACUAGAUUCUGUCGAGCACCUCAUCAAGAAACACGAGGACUUUGAGAAAUCGCUUGCUGCUCAAGAGGAGAAGAUCAAUGCACUUGACGAGUUUGCUACCAAGCUCAUUCAAGGACAGCAUUACGCUGCUGAUGAUGUUGCCGAGAGACGCCAAGCUCUUCUUGACCGUCGUCGUCGUCUUCUAGACAGAGCUCGUCAACGUGGAAAUGCUCUCAAGGAAAGCUACAAGCGCCAGACAUUUGACCGUGACUGUGAUGAGAUGGUUAGCUGGAUCACUGAAAAACUGUCCACCGCUCGUGACGAUUCUUACUUGGAUCCUACCAACAUUCGUGGAAAACUCCAAAAGCACAUCAACUUUGAGCAAGAGCUUAAGGCUAACGAGAACCGUUUGGACGAUAUUCGUUCUACCGGAGAGCAAAUCAUCGAUAGUGGACACUUUGCUGCUGAUCAUAUCGGAGACCGCCUUCGUCAAGUCAACAACUUGUGGAACGAAUUGGUCGAUGCUACAAACAAGAAGGGAGCCAAACUUCGUGAAGCUGGAAACGAACAGCAAUUCAAUCGCAACAUUGAAGAUGUUGAAGCAUGGUUGUCGGAGCUUGAAGGACAAGUUGCUUCCGAGGAUUAUGGAAAAGAUCUUGUAUCUGUUCAAAACCUUCAGAAGAAGAUUGGACUUAUUGAGUCUGAUUUUAACGCUCACAACGAUCGUGUUGAUGGAAUCAAGCAACUUGCUCAACAGUUCCAAGAGGAGGAGCAUUUCAAUGCUCCAGUCAUUGUUCGCAAGCAAGAGAAUCUUCAGCAGCGCUACAACGCUCUCCGUGAUCCACUUGAGAAGAGAAAAAGAAAACUCGGAGAGUCCCACCAAGGAAAUCAACUGUUCCGCGAUAUUGAAGAUGAGCUGGCUUGGAUCCGUGAGAAGGAACAAGUUGCUGGAUCAACCAAUCGAGGACGUGAUUUGAUUGGAGUUCAAAAUCUCAUCAAGAAGCAGCAGGCUCUGAUCGCUGAGAUUGCCAACCACGAUAGCCAAAUCGAGAGUGUCAGCAGUGCCGCCAAUGACAUGAUUCAACAAGGACACUUCUUGGCUCCAGAGAUACGUGAUAAACUUGCUCAACUUCGUGACAACUGGAGAAUUCUGAAGAGCAAGGCUGAGAAGAGACGCACAGAUCUUGAUGACUCACUCCAAGCCCACCAAUACCUUUCUGAUGCCAAUGAGGCCGAUGCUUGGAUGAGCGAGAAAGAACCAAUUGUUGGAUCCACCGACUAUGGAAAGGACGAAGAUUCUGCCGAGGCUCUUCUCAAGAAGCAUCGUGCUCUUCUUUCCGACUUGGAAGCUUUCAAGGGAACUAUCGAGGAUCUUCGCAAGCAAGCUUCUCAAUGCAAGUACCAAGAGCAACCGAUGGGACAACUCGGACGUGACUGUGUGUUGGCUCUUUACGAUUACCAAGAGAAAUCUCCUCGUGAGGUUUCCAUGAAGAAGGGAGAUGUUCUCACUCUUCUCAAUGCUAGCAACAGAGACUGGUGGAAAGUUGAGGUCAAUGAUCGUCAAGGAUUUGUUCCAGCUGCCUACGUUAAGAGAAUCGAACCAGGAACUGCUCAACAGCAUGCUCAACAACAGGUCAACUCCAUUGGAGGAAAGCAGUCGGAGAUUGAGGACAAGUACCAACGUCUCAUGAUGCUCGGAGAGACUAGAAAGAGAAAGCUCGAGGAAGCUUGCAAAGGAUACCAACUUCUCCGUGAAGCCAACGACUUGGCUGAAUGGAUCAAGUCUAGAGAGGCUGUUGCUGCUCAACAAGAAAUUGGAACUGACCUCGAGCAGGUUGAGGUUCUUCAAAAGAAGUUUGACGACUUUAAAGGAGACCUCAAGGCUAACGAGGUUCGUCUCCAGGAGAUGAACCAAAUUGCCACCGCUCUCACAUCGGUUGGACAAACUGAAACUGCUGUUCGUAUUCGUCAGCAAAUUGAGGAUCUCAACGCCAGAUGGCGCGCAUUGGAGGAGCAGACUGAGCAACGCGAACAACAACUCGGAUCUGCCCACGAGGUGCAACGCUUCCACCGUGAUGUCGACGAGACUCGUGAUUGGAUCCAGGAGAAGGAUGAUGCCCUUGACAGUGAAGAUUUUGGACGUGACCUCCGUUCCGUUCAGGCUCUUCAACGCAAGCAUGAAGGAGUUGAGCGUGAUUUGGCUGCUCUUGGAGACAAGAUUAAAUCUCUUGAUGAGAAGGCCAACCGUCUUCGUCAAUCUCACCCAGAAGCUGCCGAGCAGAUUUACGAUUUGCAACGUGAGCUCAAUGAGCAAUGGAACCGCCUCACGUCUAAGGCCAACAACCGAAAAGAAAAGCUUCUUGAUUCGUACGACUACCAACGCUUUUUGUCUGACUACCGUGAUUUGAUGCAAUGGAUUGCUUCCAUGAACCAACUUGUCAGCAGUCAAGAACUUGCCAACGAUGUUACUGGAGCUGAGGCUCUUCUUGAGCGCCACCAGGAGUACCGCACCGAAAUUGACUCCCGUGCUGCCACCUUCCAAGCUUUUGAUCAAUUUGGAAACCAACUUCUUAACAGCCACCACUACGCUGCAGGAGACAUUGAAAACCGUCUUCAAGGUGUCAACGAGGCUCGUAAAGGACUUGAAGACGCAUGGGUUGCUCGUCGUAACAUUCUCGAUCAAUGCCUCGAACUUCAACUCUUCUACCGUGAUUGUGAGCAAGCCGACACUUGGAUGUCAGCUCGUGAAGCUUUCUUGGCUCAAGAGGAUCCAUCUGGAGACAAUGUUGAGUCUUUGAUCAAGAAACACGAGGACUUUGACAAAGCCAUCAACACUCAAGAGGAGAAAAUCAAGGGACUCAAGCUCUUUGCUGAAUCUCUCAUCAAGAACAAUCAUUACGAUUCGCCAGCAGUCACUCGCAAGAGAGACCAGAUUCUCGAUAGAUGGAAUGGUCUUAAGGAGGCUCUCAUUCAGAAGAGAUUCAAGCUUGGAGAGUCACAAACUCUUCAACAGUUUAGUCGUGAUGCGGAUGAGAUUGAGAACUGGAUGACUGAGAAGUUCCAGAUUGCUCAAGAGGAGAACUACCGCGAUCCAACCAACAUUCAGCAGAAACAUCAGAAGCAACAAGCCUUCGAAGCCGAGCUUCAUGCCAAUUCGGACAGAAUCGCUGCUAUCAUUCAAGCUGGAAACAACCUCAUUGAGAACGCCAAGUGCGGAGGAGGUGAAGCUGCUGUCAGCGCUCGACUGAAGGCUCUCAACGACCAAUGGGACCUUCUUGUCAAGACCACCACCGAGAAGAGUUACCGUUUGAAAGAGGCUAACAAGCAGAAGAGCUUCAUGGCUGCUGUCAAGGAUCUUGAGUUCUGGCUGGGAGAGGUUGAAAUUCUCCUCCAAUCUGAAGACUAUGGAAAAGAUUUGGCUUCCGUUGAAAACCUGCUCAAAAAACAUUCUCUUCUUGAGGCUGACAUUGUUGCCCACCAGGAUCGUGUUGGAGAGAUGAACGAGCAAGCUGAUUCUCUUCUCGAGAACGAUCAAUUCCAAGGACAACAAAUCGCUGAGAGAAGAAAGUUGAUUGCUGAUCGUUAUGAUGGUGUCAAGAAGAUGGCUACCGAUCGUCGUGAUAAAUUGAGCAAGGCCCUCAAUGUUCACCAGUUCUUCCGUGAUAUUGAUGAUGAGGAGUCUUGGAUUAAGGAGAAGAAGCUUCUCGUUUCUUCUGAUGACUAUGGACGUGAUCUUCCAGGAGUUCAAAACCUUCGCCGCAAGCAUCGUCGUAUUGAUACCGAGCUCGCUUCCCAUGAGCCUCAAGUUUCUCUUGUCAAGCUGAAGGGAGAAGAGCUGUUGAGAUCUGCAGCCGAAGCGGGAGUUGGAGAGGAUCAAAUUAAGAAGCGUAUGGAGGAUCUUGAGCAAAGCUGGGGACAAAUCCGUGAUCUUACUGGAAACCGUCAUCAACGCCUCGACGAGUCUGAAGCCUUCCAAGCUUUCUUGGGUGAUGUUGAAGAGGAAGAGGCAUGGAUGAAUGAGAAACAACAAAUCCUGGGAUCCGACAACUUUGGAGAAAACAUGGCUGGAGUGCAAGGACUUCUCAAGAAGCACGAUACGUUCCAAGUCGAUCUUGAGCUUCACAAGCAACGUGUUGCUGAUUUGAUCAACAAGGGAGACACUCUUAUUCACAAUGGAAACCAUCAUGCUCCUCAUAUCAAGCAGAGAUGCGACCAACUCCGUGCUCGUCUUAUUGAGAUUGAGAGCAUGGCCGAAGGACGUCUUGCCAAGCUUCGUGAUAACUCUGCCUACCUUCAAUUCAUGUGGAAGUGUGAUGUUGUGGAAUCGUGGAUUGCUGAGAAGGAGCAACAAGUUCGUUCCGAAGACUUUGGAAGAGAUCUCUCAUCUGUUCAAAUCCUCCUCACCAAGCAAGAAGCUUUCGACGCUGGACUCAACGCUUUCGAACAUGAAGGAAUUCAAAGAAUCACCGAGCUCAAAGACCAACUUGUUUCGAGUGAGCACCAACAAUCUCCAGCCAUUGAGAAACGUCAUACGAACGUCAUCCAACGUUGGCAGAACCUUCUUGCCCACUCCGAGGCUCGUCGUCAGAAGUUGUUGAAAAUGCAACAGCAAUUCAAGCAAAUCGAGGAGCUUUACCUUGCCUUUGCCAAGAAGGCUUCCACUUUCAACUCAUGGUUCGAGAACGCUGAGGAGGACUUGACUGACCCUGUCCGAUGCAACUCUUUGGAAGAGAUCCGUGCCUUGCGCGACGCCCAUGGUGAGUUCCAGCGCUCAUUGUCCUCCGCUGAAGAGGACUUCCGCCAACUCCAAGACCUUGAUCGUCGGAUCAAGUCGUUCAAUGUGGGACCCAACCCUUACACGUGGUUCACUAUGGAUGCCCUCGAAGACACGUGGCGCAACCUGCAGAGAAUCAUCAAGGAGCGCGAGCAGGAGCUUGCCAGAGAGCACCAAAGACAGGAGGAGAACGACAAAUUGCGACGCGAGUUUGCCAAGUUGGCCAAUGCUUUCCAUGCUUGGUUGACAAAUACCAGACAGGAGAUGAUGGAAGCUGGAGGUACAUUGGAAGAACAACUCGAUGCUGUUGAGAGGAAAGCAAAGGAAAUCAAGGCGAACAAAGGUCAGCUGCGGCAGAUUGAAGAGAAGGGUGCUAUGUUGGAGAGAAACCUUAUCCUAGACAAUAGGUAUACUGAACAUUCGACAGUAGGAAUUGCGCAAGCUUGGGAUCAAUUGGAUCAGCUAGCCAUGCGAAUGCAACACAAUUUGGAACAACAGAUUCAAGCCAGAAAUCAAUCUGGAGUAUCGGAAGAAGCCCUUCGUGAGUUCUCAAUGAUGUUCAAGCACUUCGACAAGGAGAAAACUGGAAGACUCGACCACCAGCAGUUCAAGAGUUGUCUGCGAGCUCUUGGAUACGAUCUGCCGAUGGUGGACGAAGGCCAACCAGAACCCGAGUUCCAGAGAAUUUUGGAUAUUGUCGACCCGAACAGAGAUGGUUACGUAACUCUGCAAGAGUACAUGGCGUUCAUGAUCAGCAAAGAAACCGAGAACAUCCAGUCUUCGGAAGAAAUCGAGAUGGCAUUCAGAGCUCUUUCGAAGGAAUUCCGACCAUAUGUCACGGCAGAGGAGCUCUACGCGAACCUGACACCGGAGCAAGCCGAAUUCUGCAUACGAAGAAUGAAGCCAUACAUGGACGCCAUUUCAGGUCGUUCCAUCCAAGGUGGUCUCGACUACGAGCAGUUUGUGCAUGCCUUGUUCCAGAGCUAAUCUCGCCAAUUGUCAUAUGAUUUUAAAUUUCUCGUUUCUUCCUACCACUGGUCACUUGUUCCUCCAUCCAACAGUUUAUUAAUACUCCCAGAUAACGUUUUAAAUGCAAAAGGAAAAGUAUAAUUUGUACGCUUAUUUGCCCUCCCCGCUUUUUCUUUGAAUAUUUUAUUUUUACUUUGUCACUGUCUUUUUAUAAUCCCAUCUUUCACAAAAGCAAAACACAAUAGCAUUAUAUUAAUAGUUUUAUGCAACAAACUAUUCAUUAUUUUAUGAAUGGAUUUCUCUUCCUUUCCGAAUAAAGUCCUGCCAUUUCAUGUAAUGUCCCUAAACAAAAACACUGAUUUCUUUAUUCCAUUCCAGUCAGAAAAUCGGUCAUGUUUUGUUUUGAUGUGCUUUUCAUUUUGUACUCCACCCAAAAUCAUUGCUGAUUUCUUUAUUAUAAGCUUUCGCCUAUUUACUUUUAAUGAAAAACGACAACUAUGGAAUAAAUAUUUAUAGCUGCCAA